AAACACUAGAGACUUCGGCCUUUGGGAGUACAUGGGCGGGAAGCAUUUUCAUCCCUAACCUCCAGCCAAAACCCUUUCUCUUCUCUCUCCAUUUCACUCUUUCUCUCUCCUCUUUUCUUCUGCAAUGGGUAUAAAGGGUUUAACGAAGCUGCUGGCGGACAAUGCCCCGAAGGCCAUGAAGGAGCAGAAAUUCGAGAGCUAUUUCGGCCGAAAGAUCGCCAUCGAUGCCAGCAUGAGCAUUUACCAGUUCCUUAUUGUUGUGGGAAGAACUGGGACUGAGAUGCUCACCAAUGAGGCUGGUGAAGUUACUAGUCAUCUGCAAGGCAUGUUUUCACGGACGAUUAGGCUUCUGGAAACUGGAAUUAAACCACUCUAUGUUUUCGAUGGGAAGCCUCCAGAAUUGAAGAAACAAGAGCUGGCAAAGCGUUACUCAAAGAGGGCAGAUGCCACUGAUGAUUUGGCAGCGGCUGUGGAGGAUGGCAACAAGGAAGAUAUUGAGAAGUACAGUAAACGAACAGUAAAGGUGACAAAGCAGCACAAUGAUGACUGCAAAAGACUUCUAAGGCUCAUGGGGGUGCCUGUAGUUGAGGCUCCCUCAGAAGCAGAGGCACAGUGUGCUGUGCUUUGCAAAUCUGGAAAGGUUUAUGCUGUGGCCUCUGAAGAUAUGGAUUCCCUUACAUUUGGAGCACCUAAGUUUCUUCGUCAUUUGAUGGAUCCUAGCUCAAGGAAAAUCCCUGUCAUGGAAUUCGAUAUAGCUAAGGUGUUGGAGGAGCUAAAUCUUACUAUGGAUCAAUUCAUUGACUUGUGCAUUCUUUCCGGAUGUGAUUAUUGUGACAGCAUUCGAGGGAUUGGAGGACAGACAGCUUUGAAGCUCAUCCGUCAGCAUGGCUCCAUUGAGAGUAUACUCGAGAACAUAAACAAAGAAAGGUACCAAAUACCAGAGGAGUGGCCCUAUCAAGAGGCUCGGAGACUUUUUAAGGAACCAGUUGCUUUAUCUGAUGAAGAACAAGUUGAGAUUAAAUGGACAGCUCCAGAUGAAGAAGGACUGACUGCGUUUUUGGUGAAUGAAAAUGGAUUUAACAGUGACAGAGUGACAAAGGCAAUAGAAAAAAUUAAAGCAGCCAAGAACAAGUCAUCGCAGGGAAGACUUGAAUCAUUUUUCAAGCCGACUGCUAACCCAUCUGUACCCAUUAAACGAAAGGAAACACCACAAAGCACGGCUAAAGAAACCGCUAAAGAAACCGCGAACAAAAAGGCAAAGGCUGGUGGCGGUAGAAAGAAAAAAUAGUUGAAUUUGCCUUGUAACUUCAAGCGAGAUGGAGUUGAGUAAAGCAAACUCGCUACGGAUUGACGCACUUUCAUUUUCUUACGUUAGGAUUGCAAGACUUAGGUUGUUUUCGGAGGAUGUUUGAUGUAAAAUUUUGAAGAGAUUAUGCAGUGUUUUAACGCCACCUUAAUUGGAGGUUAAGGAGAUCAAA